CCCACCGCGGAGACAGACAGCUCCGCCACUCCCUUCCAGCUCACUUACCCCGCCCCCACCACCCGACAGUCCUCUUCCACUAUGGCUGUCCGCUGCCAGUUCGAGAACUCGACCGACAUUGGAGUCUUCUCCAAGCUCACCAACGCUUACUGCCUCACUGCUCUGGCGUCUUCAUCCAACUUCUACUCGGUCUUCGAGGCCGAGCUUGCGGACGUUGUCCCCAUCAUCCACACCACGAUUGCCGGCACGCGUAUCGUCGGCCGCCUGACCGCCGGCAACCGCCACGGCCUCCUCGUACCCUCGACCACCACUGACCAGGAGCUGCAGCACCUGCGCAACUCGCUGCCGCCGAGCGUGGCGAUCCAGCGCGUGGAGGAGCGUCUCUCCGCCCUCGGGAAUGUGAUCGCUUGCAACGACUACGUUGCCCUCGUCCACCCCGACAUUGACCGGGAGACGGAGGAGAUCAUCGCCGACACACUCAAGGUCGAGGUGUUCCGCCAAACUAUCGCCAGCAACGUGCUUGUCGGAAGCUACUGUGCGCUGUCCAACCAGGGCGGCCUCGUGCACCCCAAGACCUCCCGCUCCGAGCUCGAUGAGCUCUCGUCCCUCCUCCAGGUCCCCCUUGUCGCUGGUACCGUGAACCGCGGAUCCGAGGUGAUUGGUGCCGGCAUGGUCGUCAACGACUGGUGCGCCUUUACGGGUCUCGACACGACCGCAACCGAAGUGUCGGUCAUCGAGGCAACUUUCCGCCUCCAGGGCCAGACCUCUGCAGCCGUCAUCAACGAGAUGCGCGACUCGCUCAUCGACCAGUACGCAUAAUCGCGUGCGUGACGACCGUGAUGAGGAGAUUUGUGCUUCGCCUUGAGGCGAGCUGGUCGGCCGCUAUCUGCGGCGUAGGGGAUAGACUUGAGCGGCUUGUACUAUGCAUCUACUGGCUAUAGCCCCCGGG